AUGAAUAUCCCUAUUCGCUGUCUGCAUGAGAUUGAAUCUUGUAGGACAAUAAAUCGAAACCUUGAUUCUAUCAAAUUAGCGAAUAAUGAUCCCUAUCGUAAUGUAAUGGUACUUACAGAAUUUUUAUCAAGAAGGUCAACAGCGACGGUUGGUCAUGCUGGUGGAGAUCAAUACUUUGAUUCUAUAUUAAACUGUAUUAAACCUAAAUCAAUUUUUCGUUGGUCUAAAAGUAAACGGCACGAUGAUACAGAUCGCUAUUCAUCGGAUUCUCUCAAAGUUAAUGUCGGUGAUUUAGCUGAUGCUGAAGAAUUGAAGAAAAUCUCUACUAGCGUUCGUAUUUGUGACGAACAAAAUUCUGAGAAUAUUAUUGAAGAUUUUCAUAUUCUUAACGGAUUUCGUCAGCAUUCAAAAGAAAUCCUCGCUAUUGUUAAUCAACAGAGUAACUUAUUUAAUUAUGGUGAAAAAGACAGUGGUCGAAAAUUACUAUCCAUUGCGGCUGAAGCCGGCUGGUAUGAAGGCGUUGUUUUCCUACUGAAUCGUGGCGUCAAUAUCAAUGAGACGGAUCAUGAAAAUCGUACUGCAUUAAUCAAUUGUCUCACAUCAACAAAUACAAACAUUGUGAAAGUCCUAGUUAAAAAACCUGAAUGUAAUCUUGAUAUACAAACGCUAACGGGUCAUACAGCUACUCAUUAUGCUGUUAUGAUGAAUGUACGUGAUUCAUUUUUCUUUCGUUUCUGA